AUGGCGACAUUUCUCACUUACUUCACCAGCUGUGCGCUGCUGCUCACGUGGAGCUGGCGCACAUCCACGGCGGUGCCAGUGCGCGCUCCGGGCGCAGGCAGAGACCAGCAGUGCGCAGCGCUCUUCAAGGACCUUCUGUUCAGCACCAGGGGCAACUUCAUCGAGGAUUUAUGUCAUGGAAUGAUCCCAUUCAGUGACGUGACGUUGAGGAGCGCUGAAACGGUGUACGCAUGCGCACCUAAUCCGACUGAGAACUCCAACUGCUGGAUGCAAAGAAAUUCCUCUUUCAGUGAGAGUGAAUGCAUGAGGAACAUCAUGAAAGACUUGGCCUUCUACGAUGCAGCUAUGCAGUCCUACCUCAAAUCUGACCUCUCCCGGCCCGAGAUCGAGAUUCCUCCUUUGAGGCACACUCUGACAAUAAUACAGGAACUGAGGAGGGGCUGUUCCCUGACAGCGAAUGGGGACAUCAGCUCCAUGGAGGAUUCUACGAAUCUGUGGCCAAACGACUCUUUCAAAAACCGUCAGAAGAUGUGCAAGAUGAUGAAAGGGCUGCACGUGCGCUCCAUCACCAUCAACCGAGCCCUGGGCUACAUCUCCUCCGGAGACCACCGGAAGUAAAGCCUCCAGAACAAAGCUUCUGACACCAUCAGCACUGCAACCCCCAAAUUUAACUAAGCUGUACAACUACUACGACAACUACUUACUGUGUGGUACUUUACACCGACCAAGCUGCAAAAGUAUCUGCUGCUCCGUCAGAACUCCAGCUGACCAACAUCUGUCGAUGAAUGUAUUUGAAUAGUUGCUUAAAAGUACUAUUUAUUUAUUUAUUUAAAAUCUAUUUAUGAAUGUAUUUAUUGGAUGGUCUACAGUGUUAUUUAUGAGCUUUUAUGAAAACUUUUGUUUUUGUGACCUAAAGUUUUGUUUUCUUUUGGGAAACUGAUGCAAAUCCAAUUAUAGUAAUUGGGCUGUAAUGUUGUUCAGAUGUUCAGAACGUCACGUUUGUAUUAAAUACAGUGCAGAAAAAACUGA